GGGAGACGAGCGGCGAGCGGAGAGCGGCGGGCGACAAGCGCGCGCGGCCCGCUGCGCCCACCGAGCCCGGCCUACAGUCGGAAGCCUGUUUCCGCGCGUUCAUUCGCUUAGACGUAAUAAUUAAUAACUCAAUAACUAUUGCGGAUUUUGCAUCAUAGUAUCUCAUUUUUCUCUUCAGCUUGCCCUAAUCUAUUUACAUAUUUCGGUUCAGAACAAACUUAUCAGACACCCUGUAUAUAUUGCAUACAUUUUUCCACAUUUAAUUGUAUUUUUCAAACAGUUUUAGCAAUCAUCGUUACAUGCGGUAUGUUCCUCGAAGUAGUUAUACGCCAUCCGUUUCUCGACAUGAAACUGUUUCGUGCAAGAAACAGCAUGAUGCUUCUGAUAAACCUCGUUACACGCCUCGUAUCAUGAGCAGGAGAUUCGCCCUGACAUCUACUGGGUACAAAUACUUGGAUGUUGGAAUCUGCGUAGUACCUGAUGCAUCCUAUGUGGAAUUCAUUCUCGGCGACAAUCGUGGAAAUAAGAUGGCGUUAGAUCAUUCAACGUGGAUGGAAUUUAACAAGAAACGUGCCGAAAUAGAGCAGCUCUUCAAGUCACCAGACACAUCAUCGGUACAGAUUGAUAAUUUACUUUUAGAACUUGUUAGAAUGAACAAUGGAAAUGUUGUAAAAUUAACGUUAGAAUACACUUGCAUGUAUAUGAAAGCAUCAACUGUAUUAUUUUUACUCAAUCUCGAACAUUGUGUUGAGCAUGUAUAUCGCAAACUGUCGGAGAAUAUAGAAGCUGUAAAUGAAAGCUUCGAUCAAUUUGUGUGUUGUUUGCAAAGUAAUAUGAUCGGUGCCGAAAGACAAGAUGCAAUUAGUAUACUGUACGAUGUAUAUGAUAAAACUUCUGUUAUAGAUUGUGAAUUAAUAGUUUAUGCUGUAGAUGAACUUAUUGCUGAAUUCUUAAAACGAGGUGAUGAACGAAAAUAUUAA